CCUUGUACACUCAUCGCAUCACCAGAUUGCCGCACUCGCCUUAUGCCGAAGGACUUGGAGUUCGCUACUCGAAUGUCGAAAGUUCUAUAAAAUUGAAAUUAGAAUUAUAAAUUACAAUACAAAUCUAAGUUUGUUUACUUUCCUGGUAAAAAACAUCAAAGGAUGUCCGCUCCUGGAAGUUCCCGUCAGAUGAGGUUGGAAAUGGAGGAAGAAAUCCGGCAAAAACAAUUGGAAGAAGAAAGCAAACGACAACAAGAAGACAGUGAUGAAGUCAGUGAUGAAAGUGAAAGCGAUGAUGAUGAUGAUGAAGAUGACGACCAGGAGGAAGAAGAUGAAGAAUCGUCCCAUUCUGAUUUGCAAAGAAAUUCUGAGGAUAGUCAGGGAGACCUUAGUAUUUUCAAUUACGAACAGGAUAGUGAUUCCUCAGAGUCGCUUUUGGAUUUGGAUGAUAAUGAAUUUACCAGCAUGAAUGAAACUAAAAUCGCUUUGUAUGAAAUGAUGGACACGUGUUAUGAAUUGGAUGACAAACAAGGUUUUAAAACUAACGAAGAUAAGAUAUUGCGACAGCAAGUAAAACAAAGCGCUACAGUGUUCCAAAAACAGUUCAUGCCGGACAGCAGACUUUUAGAAAGGAGCAAGACUAUGUGGCAGCGACAAAAGCGCAAGUCGUCGAUUGAGGACGGCGAAUCCACACCAAGCACUAAAAAUGCUGAUUCGCUUCAAGAAGACUCAUCACGUCGGCGAGCCAGUACGAAAAAGCAACUAUCGCAGACUAUAGAUGAGGCAGCGAAGGCGACCACACAGGCUGUCAAACCGUCGGAAAUGUUUUUGGCAUAUAAACAUACAAACAUGUGUGCACAUUUGUUGCGAAAACGGACGGAUGAAAUGGGUCUUGAAGAAACGCUGAUCUCUAUUGAUGACUACGUUGACGGAUUGAAACAAAUGAUUGCGGACGACGAAGUCGAAACUGACUCAACGGACGUUGCGGAAUUAAAAAUGUAUCAACUUGUAUUGGGACAUUGGAAAGUGGCAUCUAAUCUUCCCACUCUAGUUGGAGCCUUUGACUAUAAAGAGUAUUUGGCAAAGGAAGGUCUUGUCGUCGAGAAGCCGAAGAAGAAAGAAGUUAAGCGAAAAACAAGAAAUUUCGACCCCGACUCCCUAAUUGCUACCCAAGUAGAGGUUAGCAUAACUAAGGAGGCUAGUGCUGCGAAAUCCAAAGCCAAUGACCAGGUUGUUGAAAAGUUUCAAAAAAGUCUGGUCGAUUUUAUGGGUGAAAGAGAUUCGGCAAACCUGUACGAAUUCGCCGUGAACAAAGAUUCUAUGAGAGAGUCGCUUAACAAUGUAUUUGGUGUGGCAUUUGGCGCUCGUGAUGGGACAAUUGGGUUAACACAAGAAGGUAAACACCUGAAAAUUACAGCGGAAGAUUCCCCAGCAGAAGACAUUCAUAAAAUGUCGAAGAGACGGCAGUGCAUCGUUUCAAUUUCCGCAGCUUCCAUGCGGAAGCUUCAAGAAAUUGCCGAAGGUGAAAACGCAAUCCAGACUAGCGAGAAAAUUUAAGAACUCUUUUUGUUCCUUUCUUAUGAAUUCUUACUUGCAUAUUUACAACAUUUACUUACUACUUACUAAAAUACACUUUUGUUCCGGUGCUGCCUUAGUCUUUUGUAACAGGCUGGUUAUUUAAUUUAUGUUGGUAAAGAAAUGUGGUUGGCAGUGGUACUAGUGCAAUAAAUUUAAAUUCCUCAUAUCAAAAUAA